AUGAUCAUGCAGAAUUUGAACAUGCUGAGUUCCAUCGUUUUCCUACUUGUCUUCCCUAUCCUGCCCAUGGUUGUCGCCUACCCCUCCACUGCAGCUCCCUCAAAUCUCUGGAAAAUAUCUAGUAUGCAAACCAGAGUAGCCAUGUCAGGAAAUCCCAGUGCCCUUGUCAUUCUUGAGAGUGUCAGCACCUCAUACCGACUUCUUUUUGGCUUCUACACCAUGGACGGCAAUGCAUUCACUCUCUCUGUCUUGCUCAUGGGAGCCCAGCCUCCGGCCAUCUGGUCUGCUAACCCUGGUGAUCCCGUAAGCCAGGAUGCCAUGUUGAACUUCACCAGCGAUGGGAAUAUGCUGCUCAGCGACGGGGAUGGCACCGUUAUCUGGUCAACAGCCACAAAGAGCAGGUCAGUUGCAGGCUUGCGGCUAGAUGUUUCAGGAAACCUUGUGUUGUUUGAUCAGAAAAAUUCCUCUGUUUGGCAGUCGUUUCACCACCCAACAGAUACAUUGGUCCUGGGACAAUCGCUCUGCAGGGGCAUGAACAUAAGUGUAAAACCCUCCAAAACAAAAUGGCCAUCUGCUCGGAUUUAUCUUUCUGCAGAGUUUGGUGGACUGCAGUAUUCAUCUCAACCAGCAAACUAUUCACAAUCGUUCACUGAAGUUGCUAGCACCAAAUCAGACUGUUAUGCAUUUGUCAAUGGCAGCUUUGGGUUCCCAAAUCAGGUUUUCUGGCUGCCGCAAGCAAGAUCAUUGCAAUACAUGCGGUUAGAGUCCGAUGGACAUUUGAGGCUUUACGAGAUGCAGGGCUACUCUAGCCCGCGGCUUCGGUUUGAUGUAUUAAGCCUAGCCAUGAAAUUUUGUGACUACCCAUUCGCAUGCGGUGAUUAUGGUGUUUGCAGUGAUGGGCAGUGCUCUUGCCCUAGUUUGAGCUACUUUAGGUCAAACAAUGAACGUCAUCCAGAUGCUGGUUGCACACUCUUAACCACCAUCUCCUGCAACCGUGCGCACUACCAUCAGUUGCUACCACUCGGCAACGUUUCUUACUUCAGUGACAACAUGUUCCGGAAAUUGGCCAUUUCAAGUUCCUCAGAAGAGGUCUGCAAGCAAGCUUGCUUAAUAGAUUGUGCUUGCAGAGUUGCCAUUUUCCAGUAUUACGGAUCGAAUCAUUACAGUAAUGGUGGUAACUGCUUGUUGUUAUCAGAGGAAAAACUAAUUUCGCUGGCAGAAGGUUCGUCCGAUGGACUUUCAGCAUACAUCAAGAUACAAGGCACACGAUCAAUCAAAAAAAGGAUCACAGCUAUAGUUUGUUCAGUAAUUGCAGGUUUGUCUGCAUUAGGAAUCUUGUUCUCCGCCAUCAUAUGGAAAAUGUGCAAGAAAGAGGAAGAACAGCUCUUUGAUAGCAUACCCGGGACACCAAAGCGUUUCUCCUUUCACGAGUUGAAGGUAGCUACCAGCAACUUCUCUGUGAAGCUUGGAAGUGGUGGAUUUGGGUCAGUCUUCAAAGGAAAGAUAGGCAGGGAAACAAUCGCAGUCAAACGUUUGGAAAGUGUUCAGCAAGGAACCGAGGAGUUCUUAGCAGAGGUCAUGACAAUUGGGAGAAUGCAUGACCAUAAUCUUGUCAGGUUGAUAGGAUUUUGUGCAGAGAAGUCGCACAGGCUUCUUGUCUACGAGUACCUGUGCAACGGUUCAUUGGAUAAGUGGAUCUUUCAUGCAUGUUCAGUUUUCACUUUGUCAUGGAAAACUAGACGUAACAUCAUAAUUUCCAUAGCCAGAGGUUUGUCCUACCUCCAUGAAGAAUGCAAGGAAAAGAUCGCCCACUUGGACAUAAAGCCACAGAAUAUUCUCCUUGAUGAUAGGUUCAUCGCAAAGCUUUCUGAUUUUGGACUGUCCAAAAUGAUAAACUGGGACCAGAGCAAAAUUAUGACUCGGAUGCGAGGCACCCGUGGAUAUCUAGCUCCCGAAUGGCUUGGCUCAAAAAUCACUGAGAAGGCUGAUAUCUACAGCUUUGGUAUUGUAGUGGUGGAAAUCCUUUGUGGCCGAGAGAAUUUGGACGAAUCGCUGCCCGAGGAAAGCAUUCACCUGAUAAGUCUGCUCGAAGAAAAGGCAAGAUCUGGUCACCUGCUCGACUUAGUGGACAGUGGCAGCAAUGAUAUGCAAUGUCAUAUGGAGGAGGUCAUGGAAGCGAUGAGGCUUGCAAUGUGGUGCUUACAGGUUGACAGCAGCAGAAGGCCCUUGAUGUCAACGGUCGCAAAGGUGUUGGAAGGCGUGACGAGCUUGGAGGCUGCACCUGACUACAGCUUUGUCCCUAGUUUUGCAUCAAAUGGUGCUAGUAGUGCAGGGCCAACUUCUUCCUAUGUGCCAUCGGAAUCACAUUUAUCAGGGCCUAGAUGA